CCCUUGAAGGCAGCUGUACAAGCGGGGUAGGAGGUUCGGUCGGACUCGACGGCCGAGGAGGGGGGCACUGUUGUCAUUCGUCAGGGCUGUGUGUCGAGCUUUUGUCCAGGAGAAAUGGCUGGGAUUAAAGCUCUCAUCAGCCUGUCCUUUGGAGGGGCCAUUGGCCUCAUGUUCCUCAUGCUAGGAUGUGCCCUCCCUGUGUACGACAAAUACUGGCCUUUGUUCCUCCUCUUCUUCUACAUCCUUUCUCCCAUUCCUUACUGCAUCUCGCGGAGGGUGGUCGACGACACAGACUCGGCCAGUAAUGCCUGCAAAGAGCUGGCCAUCUUCCUCACGACGGGCAUCGUCAUUUCAGCCUUCGGCCUGCCCAUUGUCUUUGCAAGAGCAGAAGUGAUCGCCUGGGGGGCGUGUGCACUUGUGCUAACGGGUAACGUAGUCAUCUUUGGGACCAUCCUGGGCUUCUUCCUGGUCUUUGGCUCCAAUGACGACUUCAGUUGGCAGCAGUGGUAAAACAGCAGAGAGGGGGACCUUAGUCUGAACUGUUUUUAUUAGCGUUACAACUUAUUAUUAUUAUGGUAUUACUGUUUGGUUCUUGUUGUUGUUAUUUAUAUGAUGACCACCCAUCCAUAGACUCACACCAAACCAGUGCAAUACUUUCUUUUUUUUUACCGCCUACAUCAUAUUGAACUGACACAAGUGGGAUGGAAAAUGCUGACUUUGAGUAGGAUUUUUUUUUCUCAUUUUAGUUUCACACUCUGACUCUCUUUGAGAGAAACUUGUGUCGAGCAUUGUAAGCCGUCGAGCGCUGGUUAACAAAUAUGGGAAAAAGAAUCCGAUUGAAUGUCGAAUAAGACCUAAUCUGACCAAACAGGCAGGGUCACACUUUGUCUGGGCCCCAUUCACUAUUUAGUAGACACACUGGAAGAAGCUUUUGCUAGACUGUAAAUCAGCAGAAAACCGAUGGAAAAUCUAUACAGUGCAAGCUCAGAUUUCACCACUUGUGAUGACAAAAAGCUCCAUUUCCAGUCAGCACUGGUGUUAUUGAUUGAAACUGUGGCUAUUUUUUAUUUAUUUUUUGUCACAAUGAAAGGUGAAAAUGAAAAUUCAGCUGAAAGAAUGCAGAUUUAUUAUUAGUUUUCUGCUAAUGUUGCUAAGCUGUGAAAGCAAACAAGUCUAGAAGAUCAGUGUCAUCCUUCACACCCUGUUACAUCUGUAAAUGUGCUGUAUGUUCUUUUUUUUCUGUCUGAAGGUUUUUUUUUUCUGUUUAGACUCCAUAAAAAUAAUUUGUCAUGACACUAAAUAUGGAGACGAGGUUUAGGAGCAGCGAGAUGAGAGGAUUCAUUCAAACGCCCUCACCAUCACCAUCACUGCAGAGAUCAAAUUAAACUGACUCAGUGAUUUCCCAGGUGCCAACUGGAUGCAGGCUGCUUAUUUACCCUGUUUUUUUGCACAUGAUAGCUCGUACCCCCUCUCAGUAUGGGUAAGCCUCGCCUCGUCAGGUCAAGACAGCUGUACAAUAGCCGCCAGCUAGCGUAGGAUUAGCUCGAGGACAGCAGACUUGUUGGACACUCAAGCCAAGCUAAGAAUAUAAAGGUCUGGUUGGUCACUAACAGCUCUUAAGCUUUUCAAUGCGACUCCUUCAAAAUAAAAGAAUCCAGCAUCUAUGCUCAGUGUUAAUAUCGUCUUUCUCUCUAGAAGCACACACCGUCGCAAUUUCCUUACACCAGCAUUUUCAUGAUACAAACACUGUUAUGUUUUAUGAUUUGUUUUAAAGAGUUUCUAUGAUCUCUGGCCUGUGUGAAGGAAAGUUUGAACACUAGUUUGCUUAAUCUGUUUGCAGCUUUGGGAUCAGCACAGCCUGCAGUCAGUCAUGUGCUGCCCUCCUGUCGGCUGUUUAACUGCAUUAGUGGAGGCUAAACUAAAGAAACUUAGCAGCUGCUGCCUCGUUGAGUCAUUGGUGUCUUGACUGUUAAACAUUUCCUGUUCAGAUGUUGAUUUUGUUUUUUGUUUGAUGGCUCAGGUUGAAUAUGUGCUCUCUGGAAGAUAAAUGAAGUGAUACUGAAGUUCUAUCAUUUGUUUUGAAUAUGAUAUGUUAUGUAUAAUAAUUUCAAGAAAGCCCAGAUUAUUCUCUCCAGUUGGCACAGAUUUUAUAACUAGGUAGCUUUAUGGUCUUUCAACGAAGCUCAUAAAGUAACAUCCAUUUGAGUAAAUAUAGCUAACAAAAGACAGGAAAAGCAAUUCGAUACAGUCCGUGUAGCUGAAUUGAACAAACUGCAACACUAAAAGUUGAUCUGAAGCACAAAUUAAUAUUGAAUGAAGAAAUAAGGACUUAAUUAGACAAUGGUGGUGAGAGGUUAAUUGUUGUGUUAUUUGGUUGAACUGACCUUUAAUAAUAAAGAAUCAUCUACUGAGGGCGAACAUACAUGUAUGUGGGUUUCAAUGCAGAUCUCCAAUGAAAGUUUUUAACACUCACAGGAUCCACUUUUUGUCCCACAGAGUAAUUUCUUCUUUCAGAACAUCAUUUUCUGACUUAAAACCACAAAUACAGUAAAUAAAACUUUUCAGAGUAAUACAACAUUUGAGUACAUUUUCCCUCAAGACUUGGACGUGAAGAUUGCUGAUCUGUAGUUUAUUUUAUGUUGUGCAAUUUAACUUUUUACAUGUGCUUCAGGCAGCGCUAUCUAAACAGUGGAAUACAAACAUUAAUUUACUCCGUUAUAUGGUGGUUUGUCUGCCUCUUGGUAUAAGCCUGAUUAGCGUGCCUAUUUCACGGGACAUUCCCUCCUUCCUUCUGCUAUCUGCGUGUUACUGUUUUCAAAGUCCCUGCCGAUACAGGAGACAACACCAACAACCAUCUCUGAGGUAAAAAAUGAAAAUGGCAACGUACCUGCAAAACAAGCUAGCAGCUUUUACCUUCUCAUUUGUGGGGAUUUAGCCAUUUAAUGCCAAGUCUUGCCUCCACACGUGUAAAGCAAGUUCUCCCCUCGACAUUGUCUUCUCAUCUAACUCUCAUCUAACAGUUGGCUCUUUUCAGCCUGAAUCACAGCUACACAGAAGAACAAAAAGUUGCCACAUUAAUUAAAACCGGGAAUAGGAAAAAAAACAAAACAUUGGAAAUCUGCCCCAGGAUCCAGUCUGUAAAAGCACUAAAUGACAUCUAGGUUUUAACACUACAAAUCUGCAUUAACACUUCAUCCUCAGCUGUAAUGUUUUUGUACUUCCUCAUCUGUCACCUGACUCUUCCAGAGAUCGCAAACUCAGUGAAAGCAGCGAUUGUAUUAAAAUGUAUUUACCUAAGUAACUGAAUUUUGAAAACUACUGACAAGAUUUGUGCAUAUUAUAAUGUGAAACCACUCUGAAUCUAAUUGAACAAGCAGUAGAUUUAGCCACUGGUGGUGGUCUGUAAACCAGUCUGUGUUUGGACAAGCAGGGUAACUCCAUAUUGUUUUCCUGUAUGACACUAUGUUUUCUGUUUUCUCCCUUAUGUGAAGAAUCUGGUCUGUAGACAGGUUUUUUUUUUUUUCUCUGUUUCUGUUUUAAGAGAGAUGUUACGCUGUUUUUCUCAUACGUUUUGGGGGGAUAUUGUAUUUAUUUAUUUCAUGUACAACGCCAUUUUCUAUCUACAACUUUUGUGUUCAAGAAGCAGAAGUCAGCAUGGUGGUUUUCUUUUUUUUGAAUAAACGGCAUUUUUGAACAUCC